GCCCGCAAUUCCUCCUCACUCACCCACCCACCCACCAGCAAUCCAUCCAUCCCUCGCAGCUCCGGCCGGCGGCGAUGCCGGCGGGCCAGCAGCCGCAGGCGCGCGAGCCCGACAGCGGCCGCCAGCACCCGCCGCCCGCCACGCCCGCGCUCCCGUCCGAGGUGGUGCCGGCCUACCCGCCGCCGGAGUCGGAGGACGACGAGUCCUGGGUGUGGACGCAGAUCAAGGCGGAGGCCCGGCGCGACGCGGACGCCGAGCCGGCGCUCGCCUCCUUCCUCUACGCCACGGUGCUCUCCCACCCCUCCCUGCCCCGCUCCCUCUCCUUCCACCUCGCCAACAAGCUCUGCUCCUCCACCCUCCUCUCCACGCUCCUCUACGACCUCUUCCUCGCCUCCCUCACCGCGCACCCCUCCCUCCGCGCCGCCGUCGUCGCCGACCUCCUCGCCGCGCGCGCCCGCGACCCCGCCUGCGUCGGCUUCUCCCACUGCCUCCUCAACUACAAGGGCUUCCUCGCCAUCCAGGCGCACCGCGUCGCGCACGUGCUCUGGGCGCAGAACCGCCGCCCCCUCGCGCUCGCCCUCCAGUCCCGCGUCGCCGACGUCUUCGCCGUCGACAUCCACCCCGCCGCCGUCGUCGGCAAGGCCAUCCUCCUCGACCACGCCACCGGCGUCGUCAUCGGGGAGACCGCCGUCGUCGGCGACAACGUCUCCAUCCUCCACCACGUCACCCUCGGCGGGACCGGCAAGGCCGUCGGCGACCGCCACCCCAAGAUUGGGGACGGGGUGCUCAUAGGCGCCGGCGCCACCAUCCUCGGCAACGUCAUGAUUGGAGCCGGGGCAAAGAUUGGGGCUGGCUCCGUGGUGCUGAUAGAUGUGCCGGCGAGGAGCACCGCGGUGGGCAACCCUGCCAGGCUGAUUGGAGGGAGGAAGGGCGAGUCCGACAAGGACGAGGACAUGCCCGGAGAGUCCAUGGAUCACACCUCCUUCAUACGGCAGUGGUCCGACUACACCAUCUGAGGGGAGCCAUUGUGCAAGGUCUAUUACUCAUCCUCUGUAUCAGUAACCGUGUUGUGCUACCAAAUACAUAGUGAUUUUGUUUUGGUAUUGUUCGCUUGUGGAUGAACAUCAACUGUAGUCUAGUGUGUAUGACCAAUUGUUUCUUCAGCUGAGCAACCAUGCUCGGAUACUGAUAGCAGAUGAUUGAUGAACGAAUAAUUUUGUAAUCCAUGGUGGAUUUGGUUGUACUUUAAUCAUUUUCCGGAUUAA